AUGUUCCGCGUUCUGCUAAGCUCGAAAAAAAGGUGAGGAGUGUGAGUUGGGGGAUACAUUGAGCAAGCUUUUCAAAUCUGCCGUAAGACUGGAAGCAUGAGCAACAUUUUUUAAAGGAUUUUUUUAAAACACGAUCAUUGCGUUCUAAUAGAUCGAACGAUCUUAAAUAACAUUCCUUUGCUUGCACGAUAUAUUACAUUCACCUUAAUGCCUUGCCUUGUCACAAGAAGACUACUUCUUUUUUCUUGGUCUAAACGACCUCUUAUGUCUGUCAUUUCCGGCUUACAAGACUUAUUGAUACUGCAUAUUAGGGAUUUGAACCCCGAUCCUGUCGUAUGAAGAUCGGCGCCGCUGUCGCAACGACUACCGGGCCGCCCACAUUACAAGAGCAGCAUGCUGGAAGGAUUUAGCGGGUGCAUAGAUUGACCGAACGAUUCGUUUGCUAAACGAUUGCAUAUCCAUGACCGUAUUGUUUGAAGCAUUAACCACAUGUUACGAUCAAUUUGCCGGCGAACGAUGUUGCUUGAAGACCGGUACUGUGCGGACUGUUCGCAUGAUUGCACGAUGACUUUCGCAUUUACCGCAUCGUACCGGUGGCACUGGUGAGUGCAGACUGUGUGUUUUCGCAUUUGGAGGGUCACUUUGUGGGAGGUUUCUGCAGCAGCUAGCAUGUUGGACCAGCCGGGGCCUAGUUAGUUAGAACCAUCCGUUGGUGAACCAAACAUCAGCUCUGUCCAGUGAGGGGUAAUGUGUCGUUUCGAGAGAUCGUUCGAUCUUCUAUGAUUGUCCUUGCCAGCAAUGCAUGUGCGCACAGUGAUCGUUUUCUGCUGUAUCGUGUUACAGCUUGAAUUCGCCAAAUGUUAAAGUACAGUGCGGUGAAAACCGGUGGUCCAGCAGCGGCAUUCGAAGCGUUUGGAGGCGAUACUGCCGCAGCUAGCAGUGCUUCGAAAUCACCCUUGCUAGAGAUAGUGCUCCGCAUUCUAGACACCAUACAGAUUGUGCCGAAAAAACGGUCAAGGCGACAGGCGCGAUCGCAAACUCUUCCGCUUCCACCAUUGUUCGGGAGUGCAAUAUUCGGUGGGCGGGUGGAAAAACCGUUGCUGGCACUGUCGCUAGAAUCGGGCGAGGCGACAACCGAGGCAGCACCACCACCAUCUACCGCUUGGCAAGACGAUGAUGAGGACGAAUUUUACCCACCGGACGCCUACCAGCUACGACGGAUAGCAAGUUCGCAGCGUUUUUACGAUAUGGUUCUGGGCGUACUGCACGUACUGGAAAGCCAAGCGCGACAGAAAGUGCAACGUGCCCGCGAGCAGCGGGAAAACGUACGAUCGGAAGCAUACGGUGACGAUGGCGAGCGACCGGCCUAAUGGAUCAAUUUUGCUGAUGGGACGAAAACAACGCACGCUGGCGCAAUGGGCAAAUUGUAAUUGUAUCAUCAAACCGGAUCGUGGCCAAACGAGAACCUGCAAUGAGCUGUAGUUGACAUUGAAUUCCAAUUGAAAUAAACUUACACGCUGUACACAAAGGUCAUCGGCUGUGCGCCGAGUUGGGUGGGUGGGUAGAUCAUGCGAGGAGGAAGAUAAAAUGUGCGGCCAUUGAACACAUUACACAAAGAACUGUUUUAUCAAUCAACUAAGAUGUGCUUUUUUUGUUGUUCUUUUGCGAAUCUAAAGGCUAUAAAACUUCUCAUGGUAUUUCCCCGCGCAUGUUUAAAUUCCCUCCGUUAAUCGAAGUUCUGCUAAAUGCUUCUGACGUCGAAACGCUAUCAAUCGGAAGUAGCUUCAUCCCUCGGCCCACGAUCGUGGCCGUUGUUCUACAAACGUUCUAUCGAUGAACUGUACGUGUGGAUGUGCCAGCCGUAGACUGAUAAGCGGCAACGGAUUCGGACUAAAUUGCGGGACGCACAUGCACACUCGCACCGAAACCCACCGUCAUACAUCGUACCCAGCUAGCCAGUAAGUAAUGCGAACGAUCGUUUCCACCAACCAUCCAUACUCUCAAAGCCCGCAACAUCGUCGAGUAAAUAAAACAUCAGUUCAAGUGCGACGACUUUUAACAUUCGUGAUUACUAGCUCGUCUGUGUCGGAUCGCAAGCAUUGCUGGUUGGUGCUGCUCGGUGGUGUUCGAUUUUGUUUUUUGGAAAUUUGUGAAUUUUUCGCGUCCAUCUUUCUACCCAUCAUGGCCAAACUCGCACUGCUGUUCGUUGUGAUCUUCUGCAUCAUUCAGUUCACCCUUGCCGCACGUCUACGACGUGACGUCGUCGAGGAUGGAGUGACAACAAUUAAAAAGACCAUCACCGACACAUUCACAAAGGAAAACGUCGAUACCUUCUUUAACAAACUCGGUGAAAUGGGUGAGCUGUUCAAGUCGAAAACCAGUGAGCUUGGGGACACCAUUCAACAGAAGGUGAAGGAAGUGAUGAACUAAUAAUGAUCGGAUGGCGGUUAGGUGCAUCGAUGUUUGCAUCACCGACAACAUUUUUACUUAUAAAAAGUCAUGUAAAAUAAAAGUGAACGAUCGUUUUGAUACCUUAACAAA